AUGACGUCCCUUGUGCCCCGCGAACCCUACUCCAAAGAAGAGCUACACAAGCUCUAUCCAGACGGCCUGCAGCUGCAAUUGGUCCAGGUGGCGAACGGACGCCCGUAUCCUCUCGUUUUCAAAACCCUACCAGGAGAAUUGACCGAUAAAGGUCGCCAGUCCACGUUUGCUCUGGGUCGACGAUUACGAUACCUCUAUGUCGACCAGCUAGGUUUCAUGCCCAAAGUUAGGUCGAACACCGAUGACAUGUACCUCCGCACAACCCCCAUCCCCCGAGCUCUCGAGUCACUGCAGCAGACCUUUUGGGGAAUGUAUCCUCCGGACACACGAACUGCGAACUUCCGCCCUCCUACCAUUGUGGCCCGGUCAUUUGCAGACGAAACGCUCUAUCCCAAUGAAAGUAAUUGCCACCGUUUCAGGCAGUUGGCCCGCCUUUUUGCCCAGCGGGCAGCGGAUAAAUGGAACCAGACCGCGGAUAUGGAAUACCUCAACUCCCUCUGGUCCAAAUGGAUGCCUUCCAGCUCUCCCCGCGUUGCGGUGGAUUCCCACCCUCGCCUCUCGGGUAUCUUGGACACAAUCAAUUCCACUCUAGCACAUGGCCCAAACACACGCCUUCCUGCGGAAUUCUACGACGCGAAGGCCCUUGAAAUAAUCGAUAAAAUUGCCAUGGACGAAUGGUUUACCGGAUACAGGGAGAGCAACGAAUAUCGUAAACUAGGUAUUGGCGCUCUUAUGGGUGAUAUAGUCGAUCGUAUGGUCCAUGCAUCGGUCCAUGGCGGCUGGCAACCGACUACAAACGGAGCUGGUGACGCCAAAGAGGUCGUUAAAUUCGCCAUAAGCGGCUGUCACGAUACCACAAUCGCCGCAAUCCUGACCAGCCUGGGUGCAUUUAACGACGGAAAGUGGCCGCCCUAUACCUCCUCGAUAGCAGUUGAACUCUUCAAAGCCACCAACAGACCCCACGCCCAAAAACCUGGCGAUAUCCUUGAAGAGCUGAACGUUCCAGAAGCAGAAACCUCAUCAGCGAAGCGGAAACCAUCCAGCCUAAUGUCUAAGCUUUUCCACGGCAAAUCCUCAUCGUCACCAUCCUUCCGAGAGCCCUCCAAAAUCGCACGCUCCAGCACAUCAGGUAUUCCCACACUUCCGCUUCAAGACUACUACGUCCGCCUUCGAUAUAACGAUCAGCCCGUUCGUAUCCCCGGCUGUGCAUCGAAACCCAGCAACCACCUUCCUGGCAAUGACACGUUUUGCACCCUCGAGGCGUUCAAGAAUAUUGCGGAUAAAUUCACUCCGCGCAACUGGCACGAGGAGUGCGCGAAGAAUUUGGACAGUGGGAUGUUUGCGGAGGGGAAUGAUGCUGCUGGCUAUUGA